AUGGCCAUUGUCGACGGUGCUGCAGCUCGCGACCUGCGGUCUCAGAGGCUUACGUAUGCGCGAGCCCUUCGUGCUUCUCGAAACACGCGACGGGAGCAUCCGCUACCCAAGCCCUACAAACCCAGGCCUCGACCGGCCGGAUUCCCAUUCCGGUAUCAGGGGUCGCCAAUCCCAGCAGGCUCUGCCAAUCCUCGUCGGCGCCGGUGGCAUGGUACGAGAUACGGGAUCCAUGCCGUUAUAACCGAGCAUGUAAAUGGAUUGGUGGUUAAUCUGUUGGGUUAUUUCUGGAAUGAUGACGCAAGUCGUGAUAGCGACUUUUUACCCUCGAUAACGAAAAUGCUGUAUUACUUAAGCAGUCUUGAUCAGCGCCUCGACAACAAGCGAUAG